AUGACAAUCUCCAACAAAGAUCUUGUCACAAAAUAUUUUGUCAAGCAAGCCAAUGGAGACUGGAAAUGCCGCUGCGGAAAGGCCAGAAAAAUGGGAAACGGCUGGAACAAUCUCCUCGAUCACAUCAACAGAGACCAUAGCGAUUCUGUUCAAGAGGCUAGAUCAUCUGCAAACUCCACUGUCAGCUCCUUCUUUCGAAAGAAAGAGACGAAUCUCUUUAAUUGGAUUCAAUGGGUAGUAGAAGAUCUUCUGCCCUUUAGCUUUUGCGAGAACAGCAAUACUAGAAAGUUUACAAAGCUUGAGCCUGUUACUGUCAAGACGCUGAAGCUUAAUAUGUCGCACCUGUCUGAGCUGGUACGAAACAAGAUACGAAACCUACUUCCGUCACAAUUCGCGAUCGUAUUCGACGGAUGGACCGACUGCUCCACUCAUUUCCUAGCCGUGUUUGCUGUCUUUCCAGAUAAAGAUCAACAAACGGGAUACAACAAAGCAUUAUUAUCGUUCUUCCCGCUCGCCGAUGAAACAUCCCUUGAUGCAGAUUCGCACCAUGAAUCAAUUUAUGAUGUUCUACAGCAGUUUGGGAAAGACUUUUCAAACAUUGCAUGUAUCAUUGGAGACAAUUGUGCCUUAAACAAAAGCCUGGCGAAGAAGUGCAAGAGCUAUUUAGUCGGAUGUGCAAGCCACCGCCUCAAUCUAGGCGUCCAGAAGUUCUUGAGCUAUUACAGCGACCUUAUCGACUCCGUCAGAGCCAUUAUGGUGUCACUUCGAAAGAUCAAGAACCGUGCUGCUCUCAAAGAAUUAACUCCGUUGUCCCCAGUUCUUGACAAUGCAACACGAUGGUCGUCGAAAUACCAAAUGCUGUCACGUUACUCGGAGAUCUUACAAUUUGUUGAAUCUAUUGUUCCGCGAAAACUGCAACUGUCCCCUGGAGACAAUGACAAAAUUGAAAAGCUUUUGAAGAAAUUGAGUCAGCUCGAAAUCCUUACAAAGUUUCUCCAGAGCGAAGAACGGAACUUAUAUGAAGUCCGAGAGGCUUUUGACCAGACCAUUAAGCUCUUUGAGUGCUUGAGCGACCAUUGCUCUGCCAAGGCAUCUAUUGUGUGCGAUCCUAUCUUUGAAAGUGCUAUCUGUAAAAUCCAAGAGCACCAGGUUUUUAACGAGUCUUUACAGCUGACACCAGCGGAAUCCCGUUGUGUUCAGCAUCUCAAAGCCCCAGUCGAUGUUAUCGCUGUUGAUGCAUCCAAUGAGGGCUGUAGCGAAAGCGAAUGUGAUGAGAUGGAGUCGAUACUGCAGAAUGUCAAACGAGCGAAAAUCGAGCGUGCGUCACGCUAUAUUGACUGUCGUUUUAUACGACCAACCAGUAAUAUGUGCGAGCGCCUGUUCAGCUUGUCAAAACUCGCCUUGUCAGACCAACGUAAGAGUUUAUUACCUGAGAACGUGGAAAUGCAACUGUUUUUGAAGCUGAAUAAUCACCUCUGGGAUAUGGAUCUGUUCCAGUCGGAGCUAUUGCAGCCUACAGAUCUCUCUUAA